UAUUAAAUUAUUUAUUAUGUUAUUAAAAAUAAUAUUUUUAUUAUUAUUUGUUUUAAGGUCCACUUGUGAUUGCAUCGUUUCAAAUCCAAGUGACUUAAGUUUUAAGAAUAAUACAUUAAAAUGUGAUACUGAAACCAAUAUUCCUUUGUUAAUAAAUGAAACAAUAACAGUCUCCUUUCUCAUACUUGAUGAGAAUAUUGCUUCAAGACUUCCUAGCAAAAUAGGCAAAAUAAAUGUUCAAAAAAUGGCUUACAUGAAAACACAAGAUAUUCCAACUGUUGGUGGUAAAUUCGAUGUUUUGUUAUUUUAUUAUGCUUCAUUCGAUUCCUAUUUUAAAUUCCCACUCUUGAAAUAUUCAAAUGGAGAACCAUUUAACCCUGAAGGUCCAAAAGAUAAUGGCUCCUGUGUUUUUUAUACAAUAAAUUUUCCAAAAGGAUGUGGAUCUGGCCAAUUUGUUCCAUUUUUUUACAACUAUCAAAAACCAAAAUUAUUUAAUAAUGAAGCUAAAUUAAUUUAUAAAACCUUCACGGUUCUCGGAAAUAAUCUUAAUGGUACAAAAAUCUGGGUAACAAACAACAAAACUCAUAAUGUAAUAACCUCAGAGUUUUUAAAUGAAGAAAAUAACAAAAUUGAAUUUGAAUAUGAUCAGUUUAUGUAUUAUGGAAACUGGACUGUUUUUUUGGACAUUUGUAAUUUGAAAAAUGAAAGCUUUAAUUUUCCACAAAAACCAGAAAUAUAUACUUGGGAAAGUGUAAGUGGUGAUACUGGUGGAAUAGUAACAAUAUAUGGAAAAUAUAUUACUACAAAAAACGAUACCGUACCAACAAUUACUAUAGGAAAUCAAAAUUGUAUAAAUGUAAAAUAUAUAACGACUAAAAACCCAGUACCCAUCGAUCAAGAAAUUAUUUCCUGUGAACUGGGUCGAAAAAAUGAGAGUGGCCCACUCCUUGUUAAAAUGAAAUUUGAAGACGAAGAAGCAACAAAAGGUAACUUUCAAUAUGAUCAACCAACAAUUUUUAGUGUAAUACAAAUUAAAUCAGAAAUUAACAAUGAUAAAAACAUGGGAAAGUUUUUAAUAAAAGGUAAAAAGUUUAAAAGUAGCAAUAUUUCAACUGAGGUUAUGAUACCAAAUAACCAAACAUAUAAAUCCGAAAUGUGGUAUGGAAAAAGUAUUGCUCCUAUUAAUGAAACUGAUAUUAUAGUGGAUCUACCUUUAAGCUCAUUUCCGGGUUACAUAAAACUUGUUGCUAACCGAGGCCAAACCUCUGAAGUAGAAUCCCAAAUUUUCAGUAAUUUUAUAAUUGAACCUAUUAUCACUAAAAUCUCCCCUGGGGAAACAAAAGGCUCUAUAAUUACAAUUUCUGGAACAUCAAUUCAUGCUUUUGAUUUUAAUAAAACACCAAUUGAUAUCAAAGUAUAUAUUUCCGAAAACAUCUGUACUGAUAUCAGUAAUGGUGAUGGAUCAUUUAUAACAUGCACUGCACCCAGUGGUAUUGGUAAAAACUUACCAACAAAAAUAAUCAUCCCAAUGGCAAAUUAUAUUCAAAAUGAUUUAACUUUCUCCUAUUAUCCACCAUUAAUUAGUAAUGUUGAGCAAGUCAAUGAAAAUAGAAUUCAAAUAUUUGGUAAUAACUUUGGUAAUAUUUCAUCUGGAGCGGUGAUAUCCUUAGAUAAUAAUAAAAACAUCGAAAUAGUAUCAAUUGAUCACAAUUUAAUAGCCAUUGAUUUGCCUGAAACAACUAAUAGUAAAGUAGAACUAAAAGUUACAAUUGGCACAGAUCCUAAUGACAAUUUAAUUUCUCAAACCAGUGAUGCUUUUAACCUUCCAAUCAUUCCUUUUAUUGGUUCUGUUUCCAAUGUAGAUUGCUCAGGUGGUCUAAUAACUAUUACUGGUUUACACCUAAACAAUGACAUGAAGAUUUAUUUUAAUCCUAAAAACCCAAAAAGAAAACAAAUUCCAUGUCCCAAUGUAAAAACUAAUACAACUAAACUAGCUACAUGUUAUGUUUAUGGUAAAAAUGGUCAAAUAGGCAAUUCAACAACAUAUACAUCUGGAAAGAAUUUUAAAGUUCUCGGUAAUUAUGCAAAUAAAGAUCUCUUUAUAGGUAAAAAUGCUAUUUUUUCCUUUAAUCCCCCAACUAUUUCAUCAGUUCCUGUUGUGACUAAAUUAAUAUUAGAUGCCCCUUUUAAAAUUAAUAUUAAUGGCACUAACUUUAAUAGAAAUGACCUCAGUGUUAUAAUUGGAGAGGAUAAUAUUAUUUGUAAAUUUCCUUUAGUUGAAAAAGAAUUUAGAACUAUAUCUUGCUCUCUUCCUACAUUUAAACUUUGGAAAGGAUAUUCAAAAGAACUUUUCAAUAGCUAUUACAACAAAACAACAUUUAUUAAUGUAACUGUUGAUGGGCAAUACACAACACAUCCAUUUCAUUUUGAAUUAUUUGGUGCUAAUCCAGACUUUAAAGAAGGUAGUGCUGUUGGUAUUAUUGUUGGUGUUGUAAUUUCGGGUAUUAUAGCUGCUGCCACAAUCAUAUUUAUAAGUGUAUAUAAAUAUAAUAGAUAUAUAAGAUUAAAAACAAUUAAGAAGAUUCUUGAAAAAAACCUUUAAUUGUAAUUUAAACAAUUUUAUUUAUAAAUUUUAUUAAUUUCUGUAUUUAUUAAACUUUUUCCAAAAUAUAAAAAUAAAAUAUUUCUUUAUCCUACUAUAUUAUUAAU